AGCUGAAUAAGGCACAAAACGGCAACAAUUUCCCAGGGCAAGAGAAAUAAUGAAGCACACUCCACAUGGAAAUGCUAAAAAUCACCAGAAAGCUGAGGAUGAGGGGGUUGGGGUCUUGCUUCUGCAAAAGGAAAGCUAAAGAUUCACUCAUGGGUAUUGUCAUUCUCUUUCCACUUCGGACACAGUAACCCAAAAGAAGGCCGAUCCAAAAAAAGCAGAGAGAGAGAGAGAGAGUUUGCUUCAAUCUGAAACAAUGGAUGCCCCCAAAAGACAACCUUUGUAUCUCCAAGCAACUGAUAUACAAACCCUGCAAUUGCAGCUCCACAGGCAAGCUCUCAUGUCCAUGAUUGAAUAGAGAGAGAGAGAGAGGGAGAGAGGAAGAGGGCAAUGGAGGAAUUUGUUGUUGAGGCCCUAUUGAGCGGUGACGGCGGAGCGCAAAUUCAGGGCGCUAUCGAGCUUAGCAAACUCAACAGCAAACAGAGGCACAGGUUGGCCGACCGCGGCGUGAUUCCUCCAUUGAUAUCGAUGCUCCGCUCGCAAGAUGCCGGGGCCAUUGAAGCUUCUCUUUUCGCUCUGCUCGCCCUCGCCUUCGGCAGCGAAAGGAACAAAAUUCAAAUUGUGAAAGGCGGAGCCAUACCGGCAAUGGUGAAUCUCCCUCGUGGGAGCCAGCCGCUGGUGGAAUUGACAGUGACGGCGAUGUUGAUCCUCUCCUCUUGCGGGGCCAACAAGCUGGCGAUCGCAUCAUCGGGCGCCAUCGAAACACUAAUUGCGAUCAUAUCCGGCGAAAUCCCUGCGAAUCCCCCUCGGAUCGCCAUCUCGCCGCAAACGAAGCUCGACGCAGUCUCCACGCUCCUCAACCUCUCGACCUCCCGCCGGAUCGCCCCCCUCAUCGUCGCGUCCGGCGGCGUGCCCUCCCUCCUCGACCUCAUCGUCGCCUCAAGCUCGCCGCGGUCCCCGGAGGCCACGGAGAAGGCGAUGGCGGCGCUCGAGAACGUCGUGGCGUCAUCCAGCCACGCGAUCCACGAGGUCGCCGGCCACGACGGCGCGAUCCGAGCGCUGGUCGAGGCGGUCGAGGAAGGGUCUCCGGAAUGCAGGGAGCAUGCUGUCGCGAUACUCCUGGCCAUGGUGAGGAGCUGCAGGGACAAGCACAGGGAGGCGGUCCUGAGGGAAGGCGCGGUGCCGGGACUGCUGGAGCUGAGCGUGGACGGGACGUGGAGGGCCAAGGAGAUGGCUCAGCACCUGCUGCCGCUGCUCAGGGAUUGCUCCGACUACGGCGCGAGGGCGAAGCAUGAGAAGAAGCAGAAGAAGCACGAGCUGGUGGAGCAACUGAUGGAGGAGAUCGACGCGGAGGGAGCGAGCCUGAGGCUGGUGGAGGAGAUGGUGGCGAAGCUGAAGCUCGAUCGGUAGCCAGGCUGCCCUCUGUUCCUCUCUGGAAGAAAGAAGAAAGAAGGAGAUAGUUUGAUUAGUUAGGGCUUAAUCGAGGUUUUAACAUCGAAUUAGCGAAUGGGAUUAAGUUGAGAAGGAGUGAUUAUGGUGUACAUAGGAAGAUUGAAUUCGUGAAU